AUGAAUACAUAAAAAAAGUAGUGUUACAAUUCAGAACAAGAUGAUAAUUUAAAUUAGAAAUAUGGAGAAAGAGGAAUCCCUUCUACUUAAAAUUAAUAGAAAAUGAAUAGUAAAGAUUCAAUAAUAAAUAAGAGCCUAGAAUUUAAAGUGGUAGUCAUUCUCUUUAUACUUUCAAUGAGAAUUCUCUAUAAAUAAACUCUCUAAAACCAUAAACAUCUAGUAGAAGACUUUAUAAGAAAUCUUAAAUAUUGGGAACGACAUUUCCUUCAAUAAGUACAAAUGAACAAUAAAAGUAAUAAAUGCCAUUUAUAUUAAGUCCUGAUUCAAAAUAAUCAUAAAAUAAACAAGAAGAAAGUAAAAAAUUAUUAUAUUUAGAUUCAGCAAGAGAUAUCAAUUCUAAUCAUCAUUGCCCCUUUGAAAUUUAAGUUAAACAUCUUCGUAAAGAAUUAGUAAAUUUAAUUAUUAUAACACAUUUAGAAAACCAGUGAAUAAUUAGCUAUUUAGACUAAGCACGAAUAUGAUGAUUUAAAGAGGAUGGUUAAAAAUUAUAAUAAAGAAGAAUCUAUAGUAAAAUUAUUAGAAUAGUAAUAAUAAAAAAAUGAUUUAAAAGAAAAAUAAAAAUUGAUGGAAGAGGAAAUAUAAAUGUUAGUAUAAUAGAUAGAUUAUUAGUAAUCUAAGAAUGAAGAAACUUAACAGAAAUUAUAAAAAAUGUAAGUUAUUGAAAAUGAUCUUUAAAAUAAAUUACAAAAAUUAGAAAUAUCUAAUAAAUAAUUAGUAUAAAUUAAUAUAGGAUUAAGAGAGCAAUAAUUGGAAGUUUAGGAUUGGUAAAGAAAAUGCAAUAUUAAUGAUGAAAGAUAUUAAAUCAGCAUUCAUUAAUUGGAGGAAGUAUUAAAAGAAAAUUAAACAGAUAUCUAAUAAUUAUAAAAGAAAUUAUAAAGAUUUGAUAGCGAAAAUGGUAUAUUAUUAUAAGAGAUGAAGCUUAAAAAUGAAAAAUUAGAAGAAGAACAUAAAAGAUCAAAAUAAUUAAAUGCUGAAUUGUUAGACAUAAGAGUAAAUAAAGUUUAGAAAUUAUAAGAUUAAAUUGCAAAGUAAAAUAAAGUCAUUCAAUAAAACGUAAUAGUCAUUUAAUAAAAAGUAGAAAAAAUUGAAGAAUAAGAAAAAAUAAAUAAAUUAUUGAAUGUAAAUAAAUAUAUUAUAAUAGGAUAAAAUUAAUUUAUAAGAAACAUAAAUUGAUUAAUAUAAAAGAGAUUUUAAUUAAUUGGAAAUGAAAUUAUAAGAAGUUGAUUUGUUAAUUUAAUAAAAAGAACAUGAAGUAGGAUAGGGAAUAUCUAAAGUUUAAGAAUUAUAAGAUUUAAAUGAAAGAUAAAUAUAAACUAUAUAAACAAAUUCUACUGAAAUAAUUAGAUUGAAUAAGGAAGUGUAAGAGAAAGAUUAAGAUUUAAAAAAUGCACAAAAAUAAAUUGAAGAAUUCUCUAAAGAACGUAUUUCAUAGAUAUUGAGAAUUGAUGAAUAAAAUAAUGAGAUUUUUGAUUAUAAAUAAUAGGUAUUCUAAUUGAAAAAUGAAUUGGAAGUUUGUAAAUUAGACAAAUAAGAUUAAGAUAGAUAAUUGGAGAGAUUAAAUGAAUAGAUUCUAGAUUCUAAUAAAUAUUUAGAUUAAUAUAAACAAUAAUUAGAUGAAGAGAUUAAGAAAAAAUAUUCAUUAUAAUCUGAAAUUAAUAAAUAAAAAUAAUUGCUUGAAGAUUUAAUGAUUUAAGAUAAAAAAGAAAUAUAAUAAUUAUAGGAAAUAAAUGAAAGUAAAGAUAAGGAAAUUAUGAUAUUACAAGAAAAAUUAUAAGAAUAUUAAGAUUAAGAUAAUGAUAUAUCAGAUAAAAUAAAAAAGUUGAACAGUUAAAAUGAUAAAAAUUCUAAGUUAAUUAAAUAAUUGUAAAAUGAAAAAAAAUAAUUGGAAUUGUUUAUUCAAGAAUUAUAGAAAUAGUAAUCUUAAAAUGAAUAGUAAACGAUUGAAUUUUAAAAAGAGAAAUAAUAAUUACUUUAAAAAAAAGAAGAAAUCAAAAAUGAUAAAACUGAUGUCUAAUAAUUAAAUAAAGAAAUUGAAAAAUUAAAAGCAGAUUUAGAAUCAAAAUAAAAUUAUAAAGGAUUGAAAGAGAAUGUUAAUUAAAUUAAUUUAGAUAAUUAAAAUAAUGAAUUGUAACUUUUAUUAAACAAAACAGCUGAAGAACUUUAAGAAUGUAAAAAUAAAUAUGCUAAAUUAGAAAGUGAUAAGAAUCAUAGUGAUUUAUAAUAAUAAUUAUUAUUAAAAGAUAGGUUAGAAUAGCAAUAAGAAUUCUAUUUAAUAGUAAUUAAAGNUUGGAAAUGAAAUUAUAAGAAGUUGAUUUGUUAAUUUAAUAAAAAGAACAUGAAGUAGGAUAGGGAAUAUCUAAAGUUUAAGAAUUAUAAGAUUUAAAUGAAAGAUAAAUAUAAACUAUAUAAACAAAUUCUACUGAAAUAAUUAGAUUGAAUAAGGAAGUGUAAGAGAAAGAUUAAGAUUUAAAAAAUGCACAAAAAUAAAUUGAAGAAUUCUCUAAAGAACGUAUUUCAUAGAUAUUGAGAAUUGAUGAAUAAAAUAAUGAGAUUUUUGAUUAUAAAUAAUAGGUAUUCUAAUUGAAAAAUGAAUUGGAAGUUUGUAAAUUAGACAAAUAAGAUUAAGAUAGAUAAUUGGAGAGAUUAAAUGAAUAGAUUCUAGAUUCUAAUAAAUAUUUAGAUUAAUAUAAACAAUAAUUAGAUGAAGAGAUUAAGAAAAAAUAUUCAUUAUAAUCUGAAAUUAAUAAAUAAAAAUAAUUGCUUGAAGAUUUAAUGAUUUAAGAUAAAAAAGAAAUAUAAUAAUUAUAGGAAAUAAAUGAAAGUAAAGAUAAGGAAAUUAUGAUAUUACAAGAAAAAUUAUAAGAAUAUUAAGAUUAAGAUAAUGAUAUAUCAGAUAAAAUAAAAAAGUUGAACAGUUAAAAUGAUAAAAAUUCUAAGUUAAUUAAAUAAUUGUAAAAUGAAAAAAAAUAAUUGGAAUUGUUUAUUCAAGAAUUAUAGAAAUAGUAAUCUUAAAAUGAAUAGUAAACGAUUGAAUUUUAAAAAGAGAAAUAAUAAUUACUUUAAAAAAAAGAAGAAAUCAAAAAUGAUAAAACUGAUGUCUAAUAAUUAAAUAAAGAAAUUGAAAAAUUAAAAGCAGAUUUAGAAUCAAAAUAAAAUUAUAAAGGAUUGAAAGAGAAUGUUAAUUAAAUUAAUUUAGAUAAUUAAAAUAAUGAAUUGUAACUUUUAUUAAACAAAACAGCUGAAGAACUUUAAGAAUGUAAAAAUAAAUAUGCUAAAUUAGAAAGUGAUAAGAAUCAUAGUGAUUUAUAAUAAUAAUUAUUAUUAAAAGAUAGGUUAGAAUAGCAAUAAGAAUUCUAUUUAAUAGUAAUUAAAGAAAAGGAGGAAACUAUUACUUAACUAAAUAAUUAAUUAUCAUAAGCUCAAUCAGAAUUAAAUAUUAUAAGUUAGUUUAAAGAUAUUAAAAUCAUUCCAUAAUAAGACUAAAUUCCUUAACAAAAGAAUAAUACAUUUCAUCAAAUCUUUGUUGAAGAUAAGGUAUUUCAUAAGGAUUCUACAAAUGAGGAAAUCUAAUUGAUGUUCUCAUAAAUUAAUUUUGAUAAAUCUAAAGGAUAUUUAACAAUCUGCUUUUGGGUCAAAAUUGAUAGAACUAAUUCAACAGAUAUGUUACCUAUUCUAAAAAUUAGUACAGAUAAUAAAACUCUUCUAGAAAUGGGUAUUUAUUUAGAUAGAAAAUAAGUGUAUAGUACUUUUAUUCCUAAUAAUCAUCCUAAAAAUACUCAAUAAUAAAAUCCAAUAACAGUUACAUCUUAAUUACCAAUUAAAUUUGGAGAAUUUUAAUUAUUAGCUUUAAUUUUAAAUGAAUCUGGGAAAUAUAUGGAUAUGUGUUUAUGUUUAAAUGGUGUUAGAGAUGAUUAAGUUUCUAUUUCCAAUUCUGUAAUUUUCCCAGAAGCUUAAUUAUAAUUUGAAAAAUACACAACAAAUCUUCUAGUUAUAAAAGAUUGUUUGGUAAUAAUUGAAAAUUUCUAAGGAAUAAACAUAUUUAAAGAAUUGUAUAAAAUAUUCUAUUAUAAAUAUAAUGGAAUUAAAAAAAUAAGUAAAAGAAAUGAAUAGAAGAAAGAAAAUAUUUCAUAUUUAUCUGCAAGAGAUCUAAUAUUCUUUUUAAAAUAGUAGAAUGAUCAUCCACAAUCAGGAAGUAAAUCCUCUCCUCUAUAAAAUUAAGCAGUAAUUAUUAAUAAUCGAAAAAUUCCAGGUUUAUUUGUCAAUAAAUAUGAUUUAUCCAUUACUAAGAUGAAAACUGAAGAAACAAAACCAGAAUAAAUUUAAGAGCAACCUGAAUGGAGUCGAAAGUAUUCUAUUAAUAAACUAAAGAAAUUCUUAUAAACUAAAUCGAAUUAUAAACAACUAUUGAGUCCAUUUAUUGAAUAUUUUGAUUUUAUUAGUUUAGGAUUACAAUACUUAUAACCUAAAAGGAUUGAUGAAUUACCUCCUACUAAAUUUCAUAAAAUAAUUAAACCCAAGAUACUAUUAUCACCCUAUUUUAUGAUGCCAUACAACUAAUUUCUGAAAUACAUUUAAAACGCUGGAUUACUACUUAUAACUAUUGAAUAGUUGCAUGAAUUAUGUGAAUUAAUGGAAGUCAUAUAUACAAAUUAAAACGAGAAAUAUAUUCAUUAUGAUCACUUUCUUAUUGUUUUAAGAGAAUGUAUUAUGUCAAGAGAAAAUUUAAGGAAAAUUAAAAAAUAAGAAAAAGGUGAAAAUAAAUAUACUUAUAAGGAAAUAAUUAUAAAAUCAACAGGUAAAUAAGAGUAAGUAGUUGAAUUAUCUAAUGCUUAGGAAGUGACAGAAGUUUUAAUCAGCAAAGUUGAAUAGUAAAUUUAAUUAUAAGUCAAAUUCAAAAAUGAAUCUAUAUAAACUUAUUCUCUUGAUCAUUUCCCUGAAGCAUUCAAUGGUAAAUUGAAUCUAAUUAAAUAAAGAAAAUUGGCUUUUAUGUUUACUAAUAAUUCUCAAAUUAAUUUAAUCAAAACAGAAACCAAUUCUUUAUUUUUAGGAUAAUAUAAUGAAAUAACAUUAAUUCAUGAAGUAGAAUUACAAGAAAAUGAAAAAAUAGUUAAAUUCAAUAUCCUUGAUAAACAAAUAAUAUUAGUUAUCUAAAUUUCUCAAAAAUAAAUUGAAGUAAUUCCUGUAUUUAUAUAUGAUAUUUCUUAUAUUAGGAAUUGGACAUGUAUCUAGAUACUGAAUUGGAAACUUUGAGCUUACCUUAGAUACCAGAUAAUUGGAACUUAGGCAAAUUCUCUGUCAAUAUUUCUAGAUGUUAAAAUUGUGAUAAACACUAAUAGACUACAAGACAUCAAGAGAAAGAUUUUAUUGAAAAGACAGAAUAUGUAACGAAUAUGCUUAAAGAAGUAUUUCCUAAUAUAGAAAUAAUUGAAAAUGAAGAAUAAAUUGACAAAUUAGAAAAUUUUGAGGUUUAUCUAAAAAAUGCUAAUAGUCCUGAUAAGAUUAUACUUCUUUAAAAAUAGGAGAAUAUAAAUAAAUUUAAAGAUCAAUUUGAUAACAAAUUGUUUAAUUUAUUUGAAAAUCUAUUUAACAUCAUUAAUAUUUAUGGUACUACAGAAAAUUUAGGACUAGUAUAAGAAAAGUUUAAAUGA